AUGCACAUUAAAUCUGUAACGAUACAAGGCUUUAAAUCAUAUCGUGAUCAAACUUUCACUUCACAAGAAUUUUCAGCCUCACAGAAUAUAAUCGUUGGUAGAAACGGUAGUGGUAAAUCCAACUUUUUCAGUGCCAUCUCGUUCGUACUGAGUGAAAAGUUUAGUAAACUCAGAAGCGAAGAAAGACAAGCCUUUUUGCAUGAAGGUACAGGUAGAGGUGUCAUUUCUGCCUUUGUUGAAAUUGUUUUUGACAAUUCUGACAACAGAUUACCAACAGAUAGCAAAGAAGUGGCUAUUAGAAGAACCAUUGGUUUAAAGAAAGACGAAUAUAGAAUUGAUGGCAAAGCUGUGACACAACGUGAAGUAUUUAAUUUAUUGGAAUCUGCUGGUCUCAGUUCAAGUAAUCCAUACUAUAUUGUAGAACAAGGUAAAGUCUCUAGUUUGACAACUAUGAAGGAUGCGGAAAGACUUGAAUUGUUAAAAGAAAUUGCGGGAACUAAAGUUUACGAUCAAAAGAGAGCAGAAUCAUUAACAAUCAUGAAAGAUACUGAACAAAAGAAACAAAAAAUUGAUGAAGUUAUUGAAUAUGUACAAGGUCGUCUUGAUGAACUAGAGCAAGAAAAAGAAGAACUUAAAGAAUUCCAAAAGCUUGACAAGGAUAGAAGAUGUGUAGAAUAUGCCAUUUUCGAACAAGAACUAAGCGAAGCAACUAAAAAUUUAGAAGAAAUAGAAAAAGCUAGAGAAACUGUUGAAGUUACUGCUGGAAAUUCUCUCUACCAUGUUGUUGUAGAAAAUGAAAAAGUUUCUGGUGAUAUCAUCAAAAUUAUGAAUGAAAGUAAUGCUCCUGGUAGAGUUACCUUUAUCCCACUCAACAGAUUAAAAGCUUUGGACAGUGAUGACAGUAUUGGUACAUCUGAAUUCAUUCCUCUUUGGAAGAAGAUCGAUGCUGAUUCAAAGUUUAAUGAAGUUGUCAAGAGUUUGUUUGGAAAGACUUUCUGUACCAAAACAUUGGAAGAUGGCGCUCAAUUUGCUAAAGAUCACAAUGUAAACUGUGUAACUCUUGCUGGUGAUCAAGCUAAUAGAAAGGGUACUCUUACUGGUGGUUAUAUUGAACAAAAACAAUCCAGAUUAGAUUGUUGGAAACAAAUCAAGGAUUUGAGAAAGACAUAUUCUGAAAGCUUUGAUAAGUCCAAGAAGAUUAAGGCUUCAAUUGCCACUCUCGAAGAACAACUCAACAGUUGUAUUACUGAUUUACACAAGGUUGAAUCUGAAGUUCACAACUCUAAGAAUACCAUUCAAUACGAACAACAAGAAAUUCACAACCUUACUGUAAGAAGAGAUCUUAUCAAGGACAAUCUUCGUUCAAACGAAGAAUUGUUGGAGAAGGUCAAAUCUAUCCUCUCUUCCAACAAGGAAACCAUCGAAUCAUACACCAAGGAAAAGGAUUUACCACUAGAUGCUACACUCAACUCUAGAGAAAAGCAAGAACUUGAAAAGUUAUCAAAGUCUGUUACUGAACUGACAACCAAGUUACAAGGUGUCUCCAAGAACAGAUUAGAAAAAGAAACCAAGAAAGAAAGUCUUAGAAUUCAAUUGACUACAAACUAUAUUCCAAGAAAGUCCGAACUUCAAGUCUUGAUAGAAACUCUCCCAACAGAUAAUUCUAUUUCAUCCUCUCAUCAAACUUUAAUGCAACUCCAAACUGAGAAGCAAGUUACAGAAGAAAGAAUUAAAGAUACAACUGAAUCAGUUAAGAGACUUGAUCAAGAAAUUGAUGAGUUGGGCGAAACCAUCAGAAAUAAGCAAGAACAAUUGGAAACUGAAAAGUCUGAAGAAACAAAGAAAUUACAAACUCUUCAAGAAAAGGCCAGUUCUCUUGAAAAACUUCUCAACAAGAAGAAGAUUUGGUCUCAAAAGAAGGAAGAAUGUAUUAAACAAAUCAAAGAAUUGGGAACCCUUCCAUCAGACUUUAGAAAAUAUCUUGAAACUGAUCAAAAGUUAUUGCUCAAGAAAUUGCACAAUACCAACGAAAAGCUGAAGAAAUUCGGUCAUGUCAACAAGAAGGCUCUUGAUCAAUACGAACAAUUCAGUAAUCAAAAGGAAGAAUUCCUGGAAAAGAAGAGUGAACUUGAUAGCAGUGCUAAAGCAAUUAAUGAACUUAUCCAAGUUUUAGAUAAGAGAAAGGAUGAAGCAAUUGUAAGAACAUUUAAGCAGGUACAAAAAAACUUCCAAGAAAUUUUCCAAAAUCUUGUUCCAGGUGGUCAUGCUUCUCUGUCUAUGAAAUAUAGAAAUGGUGAAGAUGAAGAAGAGGAAGAAGAAGAAGAUGAAGAAGCAAAGGAAGUUGAACAAUAUGCUGGUGUUUCCAUCAAGGUCUCUUUCAUGUCAAGUGGUGACUCUGAAGAAGAUCAAUCAUACCAUCUCAUGCAACAGCUUUCAGGUGGUCAAAAGUCACUUGUAGCUCUCUGUCUUAUUUUUGCUAUCCAACGUUGUGACCCUGCACCAUUCUAUUUAUUCGACGAAAUUGAUGCUGCUCUCGAUCCUGCCUACAGAACAUCCGUUGCCAAUAUGAUUGAUACUCUUUCAACGAAGGAAAAGAUUCAAUUUAUUACAGCAACGUUCAAACCAGAAGUUUUAGAAACAGCUGAAAACUUUUAUGGUAUUUCAUUCAAGAAUAAGGUUUCUUCAAUCAAAUUGAUUUCAAAGAACGAAGCUCUCAAAGUUUUGCAAGAAGAAGAAAGACUAGGUGGCAAUCCUCAAGAAAUUGAAAGACCAUCGUCACCUGCAAAAGUUGAUGAAAUGGAAGAUGAAUAA